AUGUUAUCGCAAAGUCUGGCUUUUUUACUCUUUGGAGGAACAUUCGUAACGUGUUUAUCAACAGACAAGUUUGACACCCAACCAAACUUCGAUGUUGCACUCGUUGACGUUGUCCCGACUGUUCCUACGUUCGAAAACCUUGCGAUCCGAAAAACUGGCGAAGUCCUUGUCACUUCUGUUGCCUCUUCCUUAUUAUACCAAAUUUCGCCCAAUGCUAGCUACUUGCCUGUACUUGUUGCCGAAAUACCCAAUUUUACGGGUAUACUAGGUAUCGCCGAGCUACAGACGGAUUUGUUUUACGUUGUUUCCUCCAACCUGACUGGAACCGCCUGUUCGAACGCGGUCUGGGAGAUCGACCUACGCAACUCUACCGUUACACCUUCUGGAGAAGCCUCUCACCAGGUAAAAGCAUCUCUGAUCAAGGAGUUUUGUACGGCACGACAACUAAACGGCUUGACUACUUUGUCCACGAACGAUACAUCCAACCUUUUGAUCUCCGACUCGGCGAACGGUACGGUGUACAAGCUGGACGUCAAAACCGGAGACUACAACAUCGUCUUGGAAGAGCCAGAGUUUGAUCCCCUUGAUACGGGUAUAAGUGUUGGCAUCAACGGCAUUCACGUUUACGAUGAAGCACUAUACUUCACAAGCCUAGACCAAGGGUUGUUUGCUAGGAUUCCGAUAUCUCUUGAAACUGGCUGUGCUACUGGCGCGGUCGAGAUCCUUGCGACAAACAUCACCUACGGCGACGAUUUUGCGAUCUCUCCUCAGGGUUCGCACGCUUGGAUAGCUACAAACGGUCCUAACGAGAUCGUCGAGGUCGACAUUGCGAACAAAACCCAGCGUAUAGCGGCCAGUUCUCCUUUCCUAGGAUCUGCAUCGUCGGUAGCAUUUGGCUAUUGGCAGUCAGAGAGGAUUCUAUAUGUAACUGGUGGAUUGGCUGUUGGAAUAUCUUCUAACAACACUCGAGGUCAUCUCGCCGCCGUUAGGUUAGACUGA